AUGGAGUCUUCACGUUAUGGCGAAGAGUUCACGACACGUUUCCGUCCUCAGGCGGCUCCUUCCAAAGCCCCGACGAGGGGGAAUGUUUCAAGAUUCGCCUUUGGCGUCGCAAGACAUACGCUGGGGAUGGGCUUGCUUCUGGUGGUCGUCGUGCUCUGGACGAGUUCGAACUUCCUUGCCAGUACAAUAUUGGCAGAUGACACCUACUCGAAGCCCUUCUUUGUUACAUACAUAAACACUUCGUUCUUUAUCACAUUCCUUGUUAUCGUCAUCGCACGGCGUCUCUUUCGUCUCUGGCGCCAUGGAAAGCUCGCGCAGGUCAGAUCCUGGCGGACAUUGCUGGUCUAUCUCGACUCGCAUGGCAUGAAGGAUGGUUUGCUCUACAGAGACAUAUCAGAAGAAGACGAUUAUGGCGGUGGACACGGUGAAAAUAAUAUGCAACGCCAGAGGUUGCUUUACAAUGAUGCGGGGGAAUCGCCGGACGUGCCUCCCGUUGUGGCCGACCAAACUGGAAUAACCCCCGGGGGAAGGCUGGGACUGAGGGCGACGGCCAGAUUAAGCGUUCAGUUCUGCAUGCUGUGGUUUCUGGCGAAUUAUUUCGCCAUCGCCUGUCUUCAAUACACGAAUGUCGGAAGCACCACCAUUUUGACCUCGACAAGUGGCGUCUGGACUCUCAUUUUCGGUGCUGUGAUCGGCGUGGAGAAAUUCACCGUUCGCAAAUUCUUCGGCGUCAUCGCCUCCCUCGUAGGAGUGAUCCUGAUCUCGCGUGUGGACAUGUCGUCGCCUGAUGAAUCGACCACACCGAACAAUGCUAGUGGUGAUAAUGGUCAGGGUUCGUUCCCGCACAAGACCACGGCGGAAAUCGCAUUGGGUGAUGCUAUGGCGGCAUUCAGUGCCAUCGUGUACGGCAUCUAUACGAUUGUGAUGAAGAAGCAAGUGGGCGAUGAAUCGCGGGUCAACAUGCAGCUGUUUUUUGGGCUUGUGGGGUUUUUUAAUGUAUUCCUUCUAUGGCCGGGGUUUAUCAUUCUCCAUCUUCUGGGAAUUGAGGAGUUUGGGUUGCCGCCGACCAGCAGAGUAUGGACCAUUAUUCUGGUCAACUCCCUUUCGUCUCUUAUAUCUGACAUAUGCUGGGCCUACGCGAUGCUGCUGACCACCCCACUCGUCGUCACGGUCGGCUUGAGCCUAACCAUCCCUCUCUCGCUCGUGGGGCAGAUCAUCCUACAAGGCCGGUACGCGAGCGUGUUGUACUGGAUCGGUGCCGUCAUCGUCUUCCUAUCGUUUUUGAUCGUCAACCACGAGAGCAAAGAACAUGACGAGAACCGUGCCCCUUCUCUAACAAGUCCUGUUGAUCUCGAACCGAGGGAUCCCGAUAAUCCUAUCGUCCCUGAUGAAGAAGUUGCUGCUGCUGCUGCUGCUGCAACAUCAGCACAACAUCACCAGCGACAUCAGCAGUAG